UUUUAACAUAUGUUUGAACGAAUUGAAUAAAUUGACUUUACCAGUGUUUUUAUUACCUAAACCAAUUAUUUUUUAAUAUUUUUCAUGUUUCAUUAUUUUCUACCUAUUCAGCUUUAAUAAAAUGCCAAUUAUGACGAAAUUAAGUCAAAUGUUGAAUGUCAGUGACCGAAAAACGAACUCAAGUCAAAGUUCUCAAUCACCCAUAUUGGACGCCAUUUUGGAACAGUGCGUUCACUUUUUUUUUGUGGGACCAUUGGCUUUUUUUCAAUAAAUUGUUACAAAGAACACAAAGAUAUGAAAUUUAUAGGUAUGUGGGGGAGUGUACGGUAGGUGGGUCUGGCCCACCGUUUACCACUACUGAGGGUGAAGAUGCAGCAAUCCUUGCAAAGACCCUCAUGUCCAAAGUGAAUGAAAACGCGAAUCCAUCUAAAUUUGAUGUUUUUUUAAUGGUUCGGAGAAAAAAACUUACUAUAUUUACCGACUGUAAGGAUAAUACUUCAGUUUUAGAACUAAAGAGAAUAAUUGAAGGUAUUUUGAAAGUACCUCCUAUUAAUCAGCUAUUGUAUAAUAAAGAUAAUUUAGUAAUGGAUGAUGACAAAACACUUCAAGAUUAUGGAAUGACUUCGAGUGUAGCUAAAGCCCAGUGCCCAGCUACUGUAGGACUAGCUAUAAGACUUGAAAAUGGUGAAUUCGAACCAUUGGAAAUCGCACCACUUUCUCCUCCGCCAGAUUUACCAUAUGUAAUGAAGACUCAAGAGUCGAAUGGUCAAGAGCAAGCAUCUUGAAAUACUCGUCACGCCUUUAUAUUUGUCUUCAUUUUCUGUGUCGCAUAAGUACAUAUAUUUUUUUUAUUAUGGCAAGAAUUUUUGUUUCUUUGCUGAAACCUCUAUGUUAGCUUUUUCUGAGAUUUAAACUAUUUAUGAACGUAUAUCUCAUUAAUUUAUCAAAAGAGGAUAUGUAUUCAGCAAUACUUCUAAUAGCCUACGAUAUCUAUAUUUUUCAUCUUUAAAGUCUAGCUAUUUUUUAAUUGAAGAUGAUAAUGAUGUACUAUUUUGAGUAUUGAAUACCCAUUAUAUAACAUUAUAUCUCUAUUUAUAUUUGUAUAAAAAUUAUGACUGCUGUUUGUUAAUAUAUAUAUUUUUCUUUCAAGCUUUCACCAUUAUAUUGAUAGGAUUCCUAUUAAAGUAGUCAUGCUCAAUAACUUAACAAUUUUGUAAUAUUUAAUUAAUUUGAUAUGGAUUUUUGUUGUUGUUUUAUUUGCCAUAAGUCAUUAAACUAACUUUUUAUUGUGAUCUCCAUAUCAAUAUUAAUAAUGAUCUGCAAAUGAAUAUUAAUGAAACUUUAUUUUGUAAAUGAGUUAUAUACUUGUAGAUUUCAUAACAAAUUAUACAAUUAUGAACCAUUCUCUUU